AUGGCUAUUUCUAACAAGUUCCGUUUCACCGUGAGAAGUAUUUUGGAUUUGCCCGAAAAUGACACCGAUAGUGUCUCGCGCCAUUCUCCAGCCGACUCAUUCUCCGUCUGGACUGAACAAGACAGAAGUCACUGCAUAUCGUCAGAUGAGAGCAACCUUGAGGCUUUACCAGACUCCACCGGGCCGGAUGUGCUCGCCAUGGAUACAGAACAUGAAAAGAGGAAGAAGCGUCGCGUUUUAUUCUCCAAGGCUCAGACCUUUGAGCUGGAAAGGCGCUUCCGUCAGCAGCGUUACCUGUCCGCUCCAGAGCGAGAGCAGCUUGCGCACCUGCUGCGCCUCACGCCAACGCAGGUGAAGAUCUGGUUUCAAAACCACAGAUACAAAAUGAAGAGAGCGCGGAUAGAGUGCUAUCAGGACCUCAACCAGCCUCCAGUGUUGCGCAGAGUUGUGGUGCCGAUUCUAGUCCGGGAUGGCAAACCGUAUCAGAGCUGUAGGCCUACUAUCGACACAGAUAAAGGAAGCUGCGUCGUUCCACCAACAUUACCAUCCUCGUCUUUCGGAGUGCAAGGUUUCCAGUCUUUACAGCAACAGAAGCCCUUUGCGCUUUUCCCCGCAUACCAGCAGCACUUUACCAACACAACUGCUUCCCGUCACCACUUUUGUGUUUGGUGA